AGUGUUUGAUUUGUUAAAAUGGAUCCCGAAUUUCAUUAUUCAUUUGGAUUUAGAUGCGAUAUCAGUCGUUGUGUAACUUUCUAUGAUGAAACUACAUUGUUGUUUUUAUCUGGGAGAUUAUGCAUAUUAUUUGAUUUGGACACUCGUAAACAAAAGCUUUUACAGUUUUCGGAUCAGUGUGAGAUUUCCGUUAUAACACGAUGCGAAAAUCAUUUAGUUGCUGGUUUGAAAAGCAGCCCUCCAAGUUUAUGUUUGUAUAAUAUUUUAUCUGCUACAAAGAAAAAUUACUCUGGUCUUAAAAAACCGCAGCAGUAUGAAUAUAUAUGUCUCUCUGUGUCUUUAAAUCUCAAAUUCAUUGCCGCUCAAGAAAGUGAGCCGGAUUGGACACUGGUCAUUUGGUUGUCGCAGACGCGGGAAAUUGUAGCUACUUUUAAUCCAACUGCUACAAAGCCAGUAUCGAUCGUGCAUGACAUUUCCUUCCAUGAUGGCGGUAGGGAUGAGAUAGUCAUAGUGGGUAAAAGCAUAUUGAGACUAUAUGAAUAUCAAAAAGAGCUGGAAACUGAGGAGGAAAUUUCUUUCGUUGAACACAUAUUUGAAAAACAUGAAGAACGCGGAGAAUACACCUCGAUUAGCUGGCCUCAAAAAGAAAACUUAGCUGUAAGUACAUUAAAUGGAAAAAUUUUAUUCUUCAGAGGUAUUGAACAAAUAUACGAAAUAGAAAUAUUUAAUGUCUUCUUACAGGAACUUACCAAUAACGAAGUGAAUGAAGAACAUAUUACUAGGUUUGGAAAAUCAGUGUAUAGUCUAAUAGCUAUGUCCUCUGAAUUAUUCUGUGUUUUCUCUGGAAAAUUCGUCAUCAUGUAUAGAGGAGAGGAAAUAAAUCAAUAUAAACUCAGCAAAGUAUUUUUAAUUCCUCCUCGAAAGAUGAUGGAUGUGUUUCCUGGUGAAGUAAGUAGAAAUGAUGAUAUAUUGACUAGUCUGCAUUUGAAUUCCACUGGCAGUAUUUUGGUGUCGACGACAGAUAAUGGGCAGCUUUUAUUCUUAAAUUGUAAUGACGCUGGUAACUUCUCUUAUUUUAGUAGAUUGAUUGAUGAACAACACAAAGAACCUAUCAUAGGAAUGGAUGUAGCUAAAUGUAGACCUAUUAUUGCUACUUGUUCAGAACAAUCUGUUAUUUUAUGGAACUAUGAAAGCAAAAGUAAAGAAAUGUAUAAAAAGUUCAAAGAUCAGAUUUUAAGUAUUGCUAUUCAUCCUACAGGUUUAUAUCUUGCAGUGGGAUUUCUACGAUAUUCUAGAAUCUGUAGCAUCUUGUACAGAGGGCUGAAAGAAUACAAAUUGGUGUUGACUACAGAUUGCUCUCGCAUAGACUUUUCUUCUAAUGGCCAUUUAUUAGCAGUCGUAAAUGAUUUAGCUAUAGAAAUCUAUUGUUUCAUUAACCUUACGCUAUUAGCGAAACUCAAAGGGCAUGCUGGUCAGAUUACUUGUUGCGCAUGGAAGGAUCAAGAUACUAGGCUUAUCACUUGUGACGCGCGAGGUGUUAUUUGUGAAUGGGAUUUACUAACAUGGAACAAGUUGUGGGAAAACACUAACAUUUUUCCUUAUUCAUCGGUUGUAGUCAGUUCUGUCCAAAAUAAUAUACUUGCAGUAGGUUCAGAUAAAACUUUGAGGUGUAUUGCGCACAGUCGUUUUCUGUGGGAGGUUUCUUUAGCGAAAGAACUUACUGCUAUUGUUCCUGCAAUCGAAGGCACUACUUUCUAUAUAGCUGAUUCAAAUGGCUGCUUGCAGACGCUUUGUGUCCCAACACCCGCGAAUUUCAUGCCAUUUCAAAUCUUCGCACAUAAUGAUAGAAUCAGCGAAAUGAAGUCUGAUUUCAGCUUCAGUUUCUUAAUCACUGCUGGAUAUGAUGGUAUGCUAUUAUGUUGGUUAAUUGCUGAAAACAGAGCUGCUACUUGUCACAUUUUCUCUGAUCUUAGUUUUAUUAGUGUACAAGAUAUCGAAAGACGUAAAGAAAGAAUUGAGCAACUGCGGCUUUCUUUUAAACGUGGUGAAAAGGCUAGACAGUGCGAACUGCGGCUAAGUGAUCUGCGACAUGAUGAAAUAUUAAAAAGAAUCGAUAUGGAACAUGAGCAAAUAUUAGAUGCUUUAAACGAGAAAAUAGCGGUCAUUAAAGAAGAAAUGCAAAUCUUUAUUUUCGAUUCGUUUUCUGAGGUAGAACUGAAUGCAUUCAGAGUAGCUAAAAUAGAGGAAAUUGUUGCAGCUAAACAAGAAUUAGAUAAAGCUUAUAUACUUUCAGCCACUUGUGCUGAAGAAAAUCUACAGGCGGUCAAAAAAUUUGAAACAAUCAUUGAUAGUUUAGAAAAAGAAUAUAAAGUAUAUGAAACAACUGAAUUAAAUAGGAAAGUACUAUUACAGCGAAAAAUUAAAAAGCUCGAAAUCGAAAUAAUGGUGGCAAAAGACAUCAACCAUGAAAUACAGAAAACCUGCGAAAAUUACCGUAAUAACAUGUGUGGUAAGAUUACCGCGGAAGCAGACCCCAUAAAUGGAUCGCAGAAAGAGAUGAUGAAAAACGAAAAGUCAAAAACCUUGCGUCUACAGAAUGAAGUUAAAAAACUAAAGAAGCUGGUAUCCCUUCUGAGAAAAGAUACACUUCAAAGACGAAAUAUAACGGCAGAGAAAGUAGACUUUGAGAUUGAUGAAAAAAUGCGUGUGAUUACUGUGCUUAAGACAGAAUAUCAGCAACUGGUAAGCAAGUUGGAGGCAGGAGAUAAAAUUAUUCAAAAUCAAGAAGUGAAAUUUUUUGAAAUGCGAAAAUCAAUUGGAAGUUUACAGAGGGGGUACUUAGUGUCGAAAACCGCUAUUAGAGAUCUUAAAAACGAAAUUAAUGCCAAAGAAACAGAAAUAGAGCUGAGCAAAACAAAAAUUAAAGAAAUUACGAAAUCUUUACCUCAACUGGAAGAUGAAAUACACCUUACAAGAGAUCUGUGUUACACUCUAAGUGAAAAAGUGAAGGAAACUGUUGAUGGAUUUCAUCACAAGCAAAAAAUACUUCGAAAUACACAAGAUCUUAUAUCUAAAUAUAUGUCUGUAUUACAUGAGUGCACAUCACAAAACUGUGAUGCAAUUCAGCUUAGGGAUGACAUUUUGCAAUUAUUUGAGCAGUGCAAAAGUGGUGCUGGAGACGACGUAUUAGAUCCUAAUUUAAAAGACGAAUUCAACUGCCAAAUCCUAAAGCUGGAGAAAUCGUAUAACGAAAUUAAAGGCGAACCGGCUAAAGCGAUGAGGGAACAAUCCUUUGCUGAAUUCAGAUUGUCUCGAGAAAACUCUAAACUUUUGCAAGAAGUUUACGAAAUACAAGAAAAGGUUGAAGAUUUGAGGAGAAUUAUUUUUGAAAUGGAGAUGGCACUUGGUUUAUAUCAUAGCAAGCAAGCGAAAAGUACUAAACACGCAGAAGAGCUAAGACGUAAAAUAGAAUUCGUUGUUGAUGCUGUUAGAACGAACCGGGAAGAAAAGAUAAAGAAAAUGAAAAAACUUGAUGCGCUCAUCGAAGAGCAGCAGAAAGAGAUGUUAAGACUGCAAAGAUUGAUUUUUGAGAAGAAAUCCCGACGCCCAAAAGAAAAACCUGCAGUGUAUUAAAAUUAUCUUAGAUAGGGAAAGCUGUUCUUUCUUUCUUUCUUUUUUUUUUUUUCCUUAAGAACUUUGGUAUAAUAGCUCCAACUGAUAAAAACAACUUAAAAUUAUCUGUGAUUUUUGUGCUUGUUCCCUCUUUACUUUCGCAUUUAAUAAUUUUUAGCUUUCCGUUCAUUGCAAUCACUUUUUAUUUUGAAAUUUGUGUAGAUUAAUACAGACCAGUGUGAAAUGAAGAUUUCACAGAACUUGUUUAGAAGAUGUGCAGGUGCUGAUUUUAUGAUACUUGAAUAAUAGCACUUUUAAAUGCAAGAGAAAUUCUCUGAAAUUCCGAAUUUCUAGUGCAACAUCGAACACAGCGCACCGCAUAACUUAUAUUUUAUUGGUUGAAAAAUUGUUAGGUUUUUCUUAAGCCGAAAACGUGAAAAAUCAGCUGUGCCCUAGCCGGGACUUAUACCACGGAUCUUCUGAUUAACGUGCUACCAAAUUACACCAGGAGAGUACGCAUAGGGAAUAAUUCCGUAUAAGAUUUUUUUUUAAAAUCUUUAAUUAAAUAAUAGCUAUAUAUAACGUAGAAAAUCCGCAUCCUCUUGUUUAAUUUAGAACUGGGGAAGGGGGAAUUAAACGGCAGAGACGUAGUUGUUCCUUUAA